ACCCUCCCUACUACCUCCCCUAACCUUCCCUGCUAAAGCCAUAGCCACCUUCUAAGCAUCAAACAGUUAACAAGAAGAAGAAGAAGAUCAGCCAUGGCUCUUAGAAUCAAAACUGUUCUUCUACUUCUCCUCAUACUCCUCAUUCCCUUAUCAGGCACAGUUGAAGGCUUCAAGGAUGGCACCAACCCCUAUCACUCACUUUUCAAGGGUGGUAACCGAAUCAAGUUGAGGAAGCUUCUAGAGUUUGAUUCGCUGCUGGAUUAUGAGGAUGCAGGAGCCAACUCUAAGCAUGAUCCUAGAAAGAAACCUGGUAACGGCGGUGGCAGGAACCCUUAACUUCCUUUUGGGCCCAAACUAUAUAUAUAAUAGACACUACUCGAUCUCUCGAUCUCUAGAUAUAUAUAGGUUUUGAUCAUGUAUGUUGAAACGUAUUAUGUAGCAUUCUAAAUGAGUUUCUUUAUGAAUGAUAUAUCAUAUAGAUAUAACCCUAGUUGUGGGUGUAGUUUAAGGGCCUUUAAAAUAUAUAUCUAUAUAUAUAUAUAUAAAAGACCUUUCCAUGUAUAUCAGAUGUUUCCGAUGUAUGCAGUUCUGCUGCAAUUGCUUAUCCUGGAUAUAUAUGAUGUAUAAAUUAAUAAAGUUGCUACUAUUGCUUUAAUACCAAAAA